AUGCGCCACCUCGGCCUCCGGGCGUCCGCGAGCUCGCCAUGUAGGGUCCGCGUCCGUCCCUGCGCCUCGGCUCCCCCAUUAUCCCCCUCCCGCCUCCAGCAGCGAGUCACCUUCCCUGCCACGGCCGUGCGGGCGACAAGGGCAUCGUCUCCGCAUCACAGGCUUGAUGCAGUGAGACAUAACGAUGCUGAAGCGAUUCCUGAAAGACUUGCUGUGGUCACAGGUGCAAACAAAGGAGUUGGCCUAGAAGUAUGCCGCCAGCUUGCUCUCCAGGGUGUGACAGUUAUCCUUACAGCAAGGGAUGAAAAACGAGGAAAAGAUGCAACUGAGACCCUUCGCCAUGAAUCUCAACUCCCCAAUAUAAUCUUCCAUCAGCUUGAUAUCAGAGAUGAUGAUGGUGUCACCUCAUUGGCCUGGUAUAUCAAAAACAGAUAUGGGAAACUUGACAUCUUGGUGAACAAUGCAGCUGUUUCAGGAAUUGUAGCAGAUGAGGAAGGCCUGAAAGCUCUCAACAUUGAUGCAGAGACAUGGACAUCUGGCAGGGCGGCUAAUCUUCUCAAAGAAGUAUUCCAGAAUGCUAAUGAUGAGGCAUUGAACUGUCUCAAUACCAAUUACUAUGGAUGCAAACGGGUAACAGAGGCUCUUCUUCCACUUUUGAAGCUAUCUACAUCAGGAGCAAGGAUUGUCAAUGCCUCCUCCCUUGCGUCGGAGCUGAAGAGAAUGCCAAAUGAGAAGCUGCGAAAUGAUCUGAGCAACAUUGACGUCUGGGAUGAGGACCGAAUAGAAGCAGUGCUCAACACAUUCUUGGAGGACCUGAAGAGUGGGCGGCUAGAAGAGGCCGGGUGGCCCAUGAUGCUACCGGCCUACAGUGUAUCGAAAAUGGUCAUCAAUCUCUACACCAGGAUCAUGGCAAGGAGGUAUCCUGAGAUGCGCAUCAACUGUGUGCGGCCUGGCUUUGUCAAGACGGACAUCAACUGGAAUCUUGGGGUCUUGACGCCUGAACAAGGUGCAAGAGGGCCAGUCAUGCUAGCUCUGCUCCCUGACGAUGGACCAACUGGGUGCUAUUUUGAUCAGACAGAAAUGGUGAACGUGUGGUAA